AUGCCAAUAGACGAAGCCUUGAACACCUCAGUGUUUUCUCUCUCUGGCAUAAGCGCAACUUGGGAAAAUAGAUACAUUUUCUUCUGUAUAACUUUCCUGUGUUAUACUCUUAUUCUUUCUGUUAACUUGACGCUAAUUGUCACAGUUGUCCUGAGGAGAACUCUUCAUGAACCCAUGUACAUCUUUCUGUGCAACUUGUGUGUAAAUUGUUUAUAUGGGUCUACAGGUUUCUACCCCAAAUUUCUGGCUGAUUUACUUUCUGAGCCUCAUGUGAUCUCAUAUGCAGGGUGUAUUAUUCAGGUGUUAGUGAUUUACUCCUCUGUUCUGUGUGACUUUUCCAUAUUGACAGUGAUGGCUUAUGACAGAUUUGUAGCAAUAUGCAGGCCUUUGGAGUAUUAUACAGUCAUGACCAAAAAAACCGUUACCAAAUUAAUUAUGUUUUCAUGGAUUGCUCCAGUUUCAUGUAUGAGUUUUUUGGUUGUUUUUAGUUCUGCAUUAACACUGUGUGGCUCAAAGAUUGAAAAACUGUAUUGUGAAAACUGGGCAAUUGUUAGACUGUCAUGUUCUUCAAAAACAGCAUACAAUGUUUUUGCAUAUAUGGUAAUACUUACAUAUAUGGGGCAUGCUUUUUUCAUACUUUUUACAUACAUGAAACUCUUCAAAAGCAGCAUCAGGUCCAUUGAGGAUCGGAAAAAGGUCAUGCAGACGUGCACGCCACAUCUGGUUUCGCUAGUUAAUGUCACGGUUGCUUUUCUGUUUGACACAAUGUACAGUCGAUAUGGCUCCAGAGAUUUUCCACAGGGUCUCCGCCAUUUUAUGGCAUUAGAGUUCCUGGUGGUGCCCCCACUUUUCAAUCCUCUCAUUUACGGUCUGAAACUCAGAAAAGUUCGAAAUGAAGUCUUGCGAUUCAUGAGGAGCAAUGUUAAAUUUUGA